AUGUUCAACUCAAUGUACAGUCACAUAUCUAUGAUAACGCUGCUAGUAUUUGCUGCCGUAAGCAAAGAUUUUCAAGGCGAAUCGACCAUGAUAGAAGAAGACAUUGAGAAGUUGCUUUUGAAUUCUCGAGAUGAAUUACCCAGAUUAGCUCAGUCGAUUCUCAUCAGUGAAGGGGAGAUUAAACGACAGAAAGAUAAGAUCAAUAAUGCAACUGCAGGAACAGUCAACGACAGCGUUGAGAGCUAUAUCAGCUGUUGGAGAAAGUUCUAUGAAAACGUAUAUGGACUAGAAUUAUUCAUGAAUAUGGUAUACAAAAUUCAACAUGAACCUGAACAGUUUGGUCCAUACACAGAGGAGCAUUCUCUUCGACAGUGUGUCCAAGAUCAGGCUAAUACUUACGCAGCUCAGUUGCUAUCAGUACAAUCAAUUGACUGUGAACAAUAUAGACCGUCAGUACACGGAGAAGAUUUCCACGUAUUGAAGAAUGAAAUAAAAUAUUCAUAUUAUCAAGGAAUGCUGUAUGGUCAAGCUAUUUUGUUCAAGAACAUUCAUGAAACUGCCCUCGACAGGUUGAAACGAUUAAGAAUAAGAAAAUAUAGAAGAAUGUGA